AAGUCAGAUCUUAUCAACAAAAAGUACAACGUUAAGUUCACGAAAUAUUACAUUAACAAAAGUAAUCGGAUUGCAACCUUAAUGCUAUAAAUGUCAAGUGCCUACUUUCAGGUCCACCAUAGAAAACCAAGCUUUUUUUUUUUUUUUGGGUAACAUAUUGCUUACUAUAUGCUAGCGAAGAAGACCUGAAAUUCAUCACUUUGCAUUCGCAGCAUCUUUCCUAAGUCCUUACUCCGUAAAUCAUGGAAGCUCAAAAUGCUGAGAGCUUUUAUCUCAAGUCUACAAAGCCUGCAUUUCUCUUCAUAUCAUGCUUCCUUCUUUUGGGUUUACUUCCUCUCUCGAAGGCAAAAUUGAUUGAUGAUAAUAUCAAUUUCACUUUCACUUCUUUCGACCCAAAUGGGCAUGAAAUAAUGUAUGAACGUAAUGCAUAUGCGUCCGACAACGUAAUCCAACUCACCAUCAACCAAAAAGACAAGGGUCUCAAUGAUAGUGUUGGUCGAGCCACGUAUUACAAACCACUGCACCUUUGGGACAGUUCAUCCGGGGAUCUCGUACUUGCAGAUUUCAGCACUCAAUUCUCUUUUGCCAUUGAUUCCCUGAAGAACAGUUCAAAGGGUGAUGGGUUGACGUUUUUCCUUGCUCCCAAUGGCUCAAAAAUCCCACCUCAAUCUGAAGGCGGUUCAUUGGGACUUCAAAGUUACGAUCAGAGUGUUCACUCUGAAUUUGUUGCAGUGGAGUUUGAUACGUUUCACAAUACUUGGGAUCCCGUGGCCAGCGAUCACGUGGCCAUUGAUCUCAACUCUGUCAAUACGUCUCCUAGCUUUGCCAAUUGGGGGUGGAGUGAUACUGAAAAUGGGGGAAAAGUUGAUGCUUUCAUCAGUUACAACUCUAGGACAAAAAACCUAAGUGUUUUUUUUCUCGAUGCCGAUGAUUUCACCGGUAAAAAUUCAUCUAGUCUUUCUUGGAUACUGGAUAUUAGCAAAUAUUUACCAGAAUGGGUUAAUUUUGGCUUCUCAGCAAGUACUGGAUCUUUGUUUGAGAUACAUACUAUUUACUCCUGGAAUUUCAGCUCUACCUUACAAGCUGCUGCGAAUACAAGCAACCAGACUAAUCCUCCAACAGCAGCACCUGCAGCAGCAACGAGCCCAGCCCGUCUUCCAGACAACCCCCGAAGGAAGAGCAGGACAUGGCUAUGGGUUGUUCUGGGGGUUGCUGGUGGCAUUUUUGCUCUGCUCCCAGUUUUGGCUUUGCUUUGGUUUUUCUGCUGGAGGAAAAAGUACGAGAGCAAUGAAUGUAAUACUAUGUCUGUUAACGUAGAAAUGGAAAUGGUGACAGCACCUAGGAAGUUUUCCUUCAAGGAAUUGAGAUUUGCAACCAGUAAUUUUGCCGAUGAAGGUCUGCUUGGGGAGGGGGGUUUUGGAAAGGUUUAUUUAGGCUUCUUGAGGGAUAUGAAUUGCAAUAUUGCAGUCAAAAGGAUAACUCCACAAUCUCAACAAGGGGUGAAAGAGUAUGCAUCAGAAAUAAGAACUGUUAGCAGAUUGAGACACAGGAAUUUAGUCCAACUCAUCGGUUGGUGCCAUGACAAUCAGGAGUUACUCAUUGUCUAUGAGUUUCUUCCAAAUAAGAGCCUCGAUUACCACCUAUUUAGAGAACCAUGCUUGUUGACAUGGGAGAAGAGGUAUAAGAUUGCUAUGGGUUUGGCCUCAGCGUUGUUUUAUCUACAGGAAGAAUGUGAGCAAUGUGUGCUGCAUCGAGACAUCAAAUCAAGUAACGUUCUGUUAGAUUUGAGUUUCAAUGCCAAGCUAGGUGACUUUGGCCUGGCUAGGCUUGUUGACCAUGGACAAGGGUCACGAACAACGAUUAUGCUUGGAACUGAUGGCUAUGUAGCACCAGAAUGUCUUGAGACAUACAAAGCCAUUAAGGAAUCGGAUGUAUACAGCUUUGGCAUUGUUGCGUUAGAAAUAGCCUCCGGAAAGCAGGCUAUUUCCACGAUUGAUAAGAAUGGUAAGAAAUUCAAGACUAAACUAGUGGAGUGGGUCUGGGAACUGUAUGGGAGAGAGAGUAUUUUUGAGGCAGCAGACCCACGAUUGUCUGACAAUUAUGACAAGGAACAAAUGGAACGCUUGCUCUUGGUCGGGCUGGCUUGUGCUCAUCCAAACUAUUUUGCCCGCCCAUCAAUAACGCAGGCUGUUGAUAUCCUUGGUUUCAAAGCUCAACUGCCCGUAAUGCCAUUGGAGAUGCCAGUUCCAACAUACAUUGCAGCUCAUCAAGCCAAUAUUGUUGCAUCUUCUGCAUCAAAUUCAUCCCAUAUCAGUGCCUCCAACAGAAGCCAAGCCCAAUUUUCAGGCGCUAGUUCCAGUAGUGAGACCUUGAAGGUUCGAACAAGGACUCCAAUUUCUGAUGCAAAAUGAUCUUUUGCAUAGAUUAUUAGGCACAUUAAGCUGCAAGAUAAAAACCUGUAGCAUUUUCUUUGUGAACUCUGGAUAGUUAAUUAUGUCUAAUUAUUUGUAGUGUUGGCUUAUUCUUUUUCUUUUUGAUGCCUCCUUGCAUCCAAGGUUUCUCCACUUAAUCGUGUAUUGUUCUUUCAUUCUGAUUGGUGCUGAAUUAGAAAUAUGGUGAAUACUCUAUGGAAGAAAAUCAGGAUUUUAAGUUUUUAGUCUUGUUCUUGUGUUUGUUGUGGUCAAGUCGUUAAAUUAUAGGAACAUCCAACUUAAAUUCUUAAAUCUUGGAAAUGUGAAAAUCUCUAAUGUAGCUGAUACGAGAUUUACCGAUGAGUUAACAAAGAUAAAUGAUCUGUGUAGGUACAGCUACAUUCGGAAAAUCAAGCAGGUCAUGAAAGUAAAAAAAAAAUAAUAACAAUAGAAUGGGGUCAUGAUUAUUGGGCAGGUGUCCCUCCAUUACAACUAGGAAGAACGAUCGGGUUAUUCUUCACGCUGGAUGCUAAAGACAACAGCAAAAUCAGAUUUAAGAAUAUCGAGUUCUUGGACUAUUCAUCAAAGAGCCGAGAGACAUAGAGAUCAGUAUAGCCAUUAAAAGAAGAAAUAAAGACA